ACAUAGGAACACAAUGGCUCAGGUCGGUGAGAAGAGGAAGCGGGAAGAUAAGGCGGAGAACGGCAGCGGGGACACCGACACCGGGCCCUCAGUUCCUUCUCACCAUCCGCUCUCAGGGUUCCAGCUCCAGGCGGUGCUGAGGGAGUCAGCGCGGGAUAAAACCAUCUUCCUGCACGGAAAGGUUACCAGGAACGCUCAGGACGCCGAAGAUGCCGUCGUGAUAUUGGAGAGGGUCCCCUUCCAGGCCGACAGCGUCUCCCGCCUGCUCGCCGAGCGUCCGGAGCUAAAGCUACAGCUAGAAAACGAUAUUUACAGCGUGUACCACCUGAACCCCCCUCCCGAGCUGAACGAAAUCAAAACGACCGUUAUCUGCCCCGCCACAGAAAAACAUAUUAAGAAGUAUCAGCGUCAAGACGUGUGUCUGAUCCACGAGACGGGCGAUGACUACGACUCCGUCACAUUACCCUUCAUCGAAGCUCAGAGUCUCAGCGUCCAGUGGGUCUAUAAUAUCCUGGAGAAGAAGGCCGAGGCCGAUCGAAUCGUCCAUGAAAACCCUGAUCCAGAAAAUGGCUUCAUCCUUAUUCCGGAUUUUAAAUGGAACCAAAAACAGGUAGAUGAUCUGUACCUCAUCGCUAUAAGUCACCCGCGCGGCAUUAAGUCUCUGCGGGACCUCACUGCGGACCAUCUCCCCUUAUUAAAGAACAUCUUGCAUGAAGGGCAGGAAGCCAUUUUGAAGCGUUACGGUCUCCGUGGAAACCAGCUGCGGAUUUACCUCCACUAUCAGCCGUCUUACUACCACCUGCACGUGCAUUUCACGGCACUCGGCCACGACGCUCCCGGCACCUCGGUGGAACGCGCUCACCUCCUCUGCGACGUCAUCCAGAAUCUAGAACGGGAGCCGCGGUAUUACCGGACGCGGACUUUAACGUACGCCUUACGGGCCGACGAGCCGCUGCUGAAAAAGCUCAAGGACGCCGGAAAAUGCUAACUUUUAUAUUCUUCUUUUAUAAAACAAUAAAAUACGGACAUUUCAUUA